AUCUUUGAAAUAAAACCUUUUUUCAGAACAACUAAGAAUAUAUUGGGAUUGUUUUUGCAAAUGCAAGUUUCAAUAUUUCUUUCAAGUGUUUUAGUUGCAGCUGUAGUGAAUAUGGGAGAAACAGCCACUUUCUGUCCUUCUUCCUCUGAUUUGCAAGUGCGUGUUGUGAGUUUGGCUUGGCCUGGAAGGAAACUUGCCAUGGUAUGAAAGGUCUUACUUUCUUGCAAAUUGCCUUCCUUUCUGUGUUGAGAUGGGAACAAUCCCUUUGAGAGUCUCAUAUUUACUCGUGCUCUGUGCGAAGUGCAGCCAAAAGGGUGCCUCCUGUCAUCUCCCCAUUGUCAGCUAUUGAAAGCUGAUGCUCUUCUCAUGCGGAGGAGGAGCAAUAUGGGGAUGUUCCUCCAAGCAAUAGGAUGGUACUGUUAAUCUUCUCUAUGUCCUCUCCCUUUUACUAAAUUUUGAUCUGGGGGGGAAAGGAAUGACGAGCCUGAAGCAAAUGGGCUACUGUCUAUUCUGGGGGCAGAAUUCAGGGCCUGGAAAGGACUGGACUGAGAAAGCUUUAGGGAGUAACCAAAGCCCAGUGCAUGGCAAGGAAAAUAUUGUAGGCCUAAAAAGGUUGGAAAGAGACAAACUGUAACCUACAUCUUUGUUGUAUGCAAAUCUCAUGUGAGGACUGCCUGAUGACUUGCUUUGAUGCCUUUGGAUUGGCACCCUUUUAGAAAUGCCCAUGUCUAAGAAACCUGUUCUGGUUUUAACAGACUUUGAAGUGGGUGCUUGGUCUGUAGGAUUAAGUCUCUGCAACUGGGUGAUGAGAUGAGUGGGAGCACCUGGACACAGUAGGGAAAUUGUAAAGGACUGCUGCCAUUUGCAAAUGUAGCACUCAGUGCAGAGAAGUGUUGGAGGAUGGCCUGCAUACAGGUGAGCACCUAAUCAUCACGCCUCACCUGAGCCUUUGUUGUCACUUCCAGAAUAGAAGUUGAAGGCUUUAGGUACAUCCGCACAUCGCAGAAAUAGCUGAACUGCCACCAGCCAGAGCCACGUUCACCUAAUGUUGCUUCUCAGUCAUUAAGUCCUGCUAAAGUGGCUUUGGACUCAAACUGGUUUUGUUUGUGGUGCCGCUCUGUGACACAGGGCUCUGCCAGGCUGUUCAGCACCAGUGAAUUGCGCUUGUGAACUGCUUUGCCCCAGAGCCUGCAUGUAUUUUCCUCUCUGAGUGUUUUAUAGCACUCUGCGAUGUGAGUUAUGCACAUGCCUCAGUACAGCCCCAAGGAGGGAGGAUUAAGAUUGCCCUGCCUUUGACUUCAGAUUUUUGAAAUGGGGAAUAAAAGUGCAGCUGAAGUUAACAUGGAGAAACUAAUACAGUGAUGUUCCUGAACAUAAAAGAAAAACACCAUCUGCUUUAGUCACCUUUCAAGGGAUAUAAUUACAAGCACCUCAGGGAAUUAUCAAUAAACAACGGGGAGCAAUUAUUUCUGCUAGAUUGUAAGUUUUGCUCAGCUCUCUGAUGAGCAGGUGUAAGCAGCUGUAUAGAUUGUGGCAUUCAAAUGACUUGGAAUAAAGUUUUCAAUAAAACUGAGUUGCUCUAAAAAAGAAAAAGAUGUUGGGGUAACUUUGCACGUUACAUUUUUGCUUCUGAAAUAAUUAAAGUACUUUUUGCUUCUAACUGGUCACCCACCCUUGCUGCCCUACUAGUAGGCAUCUGUCCUGAGCAGGUUGGAUCAUACAGCUCAGCGUGAGAAGCCAAAUAAUUAGGGAAGUGCUAUAAAAUGACUGCAAAUGGAUGUUGUCACAUAUUUGGGAUGGUAUAGCAACGAGCAUUGUCAAUGCCGGUUUUGCAAGCUGUUUCUGCUUAUGGUUUUCACUGUGGUGUACGCAGUCCGUUCAAUGGUGUAGUUUCCUCUGUGAAGCUGAGGAAGGAUUCUCGGGGAAGCAAUCAGCUUUGAAUGACCCAUCUGGGGCCGAUGUGAUUACUGGCAAGGAUGAGGACUUAAGUAAAAGGAAGCUGGAACCAGAUCUUCAAAGAUAUUCUAGACGAUGGAUGCCCACAGCAAAAGCCAUAUAAUUAAUGCAGUUGUAUGUCAGACUCAUAAAUCACAUGGAAAGCCACCUCUCUUUUUUUUCCUUCAAAUAAGCAGCAGAUUUGUGUCCUUUGAGAAGGCUGCUCUCUGCUGCUGCAGCCUUCAGAAAUGGCUUAGUCUGAAAUGCUAUGCUUGGUUUGAGUGUCAGUAUUAAAAAAAAAUUUGUGAAAAAUGUUAUUAGGGAAAAUUGUAAGACUUCGGAGCUGAAAUGCUUCUACUGUGGUUCCUAGGUUAUCUAGCACAACAGGGUUCAACCUACUGUGAUGUACAGUAUCGAAAAGUGUGUGAUGAGCUAUUCUACACAGCAUGGGGACCUCCCCUGGAGGACUAUUUACAUUUCUAGUGUUUGAGAUCUGAACAGUAGCUGAGCCCCAUAAUAUUAAGAGGUAUACAGUAGAGGAGCAGUACUCAGCCUGUGCCCUGGCUUUAUCGAAUCACAGAGUCAUUUAGGUUGGAAAAGACCUUUAUGAUCAUAAAGUCCAACUGUUAACCCAGCACUGCCAAGUCUACCACUAAACCAUGUCCCUAAGCACCACAUCCAAACAUCUUUUAAAUACCUCCAGGGAUGGUGACUCAAACACUUCCCUGGGCAGCCUCUUCCAAUGCUUGACAACACUUUCAGAGAAGAAAUUUUUGCUAAUAUCCAAUCUAAACGUCCCCUGGUGCAGCUUGAGGCCAUUUCUUCUUGUCCUAUCACUUGUUACUUGGUAGAAGAGACCAAAACCCACCUUGCUACAACCUCCUUUCAGGUAGUUGUAGAGAGCGAUAAGGUCUCCCUUCAGCCUCCUCCAGGCUAAACAACCCCAGCUCCCUCAGCUGCUCCUCAGAGCCCUUGUUUUCUCUUUGUCUUCUGUCUUGUCGUCGUCUUGUUUUUUUCUCUCUGGUGACAGAUACUACUGAUUCAUAAAAAUAAUUUCCAGCUUGGAUUUUGUGGGGUGUAAAACCAGCUGCGCCAAGUGCAUCCCCACCCAGAAGACGGCCACAGAGACCAUGGAAUUACAUCAGAGACAACCCUGAUCCACAGGACUGUUUUUGUAAACAUCCCCUCCUCCCCAGGGUGACUGACUCCCAGAGGGCUCUCGUACACGUGGGAAUUUCUCCUUCUCUCACCCCGCCCCUCUCUUCAGCACUUUGCAUGAGCAUUGUGGUGUUUCGAGAUAUGCUGCUGUCUCAUCUGUGAGGGUAUUAGAGCUGCCCUCGAAAGAGAUGGAUCCCCAGAGAGAGGCGCCCAAGAAGAACAACACAGAGCAUCUAAUUGCUGACAGGCAGGAAGGAAUUGGUGUCUGUGGCUGGAUCCUGGCUUUCCUUUCUUUCCUCCUGGUGUUUACCACCUUUCCUAUUUCCAUGUGGGCAUGUAUCAAGGUCAUCAGAGAAUAUGAACGUGCUGUUGUAUUUCAGCUGGGACGUAUACUGUCUAAGAAAGCAAAGGGACCAGGUUUGAUCUUCGUACUGCCAUGUACAGAUACAUUUUUCAAGGUUGAUCUUAGAACUGUUACAUGUAACAUUCCUCCACUGGAGAUUCUCACAAAAGAUGCCGUUACUGCCCAAGUUGAUGGGGUGGUAUGCUACAGGAUCUACAGUGCUGUCAGUGCUGUUGCUAAUGUCACUGAUGUCCAUUCGGCUACCUUCCUCUUGGCACAGACAACCCUGAGGAAUGCUCUGGGUACACAGAGCUUGGCUCAGCUCCUGGCAGGUCGUGAGGAGAUUGCGCACAGUAUUCAGGCUAUCCUCGACAGUGCCACAGAGCAGUGGGGAAUCAAAGUGGCCCGAGUGGAGAUCAAAGAUGUCAGGAUUCCUGUGGCCACGCAGAGGGCAAUGGCAGCCGAAGCAGAGGCUGCUCGAAAGGCAAGAGCUAAGAAUGUGGCAGCAGAGGGAGAAAUGAAUGCUUCUAAAGCCCUCAAGCAGGCCUCCAUGGUGCUGGCUGAUUCUCCAGCAGGUCUUCAGCUGCACUACCUGCAAACAUUAACAACCUUGGCAGCAGAGAAUAAUUCCACUAUUGUCUUCCCUCUCCCUCUGAAUAUGCUUGACAGUUUCAGGCAGAAAAAUAGGGGGGGAUAGAGACCAUUUUACACUAGCUUCUCGGGCUGAGAGAUUUAAAGGGUUUCCUAGGAAGCAAGGCAUUCCAGAUUACCAGGAUUAAAGUAGAAGCGUGCUUUGGCCCUUUGUAUCAAAAAUAAGAGUAAAAAUAGUUUAAUAACCGCACAUAGCUCCCACAUUAGGAGAUUGCAUUUGCGAAGUUCAGGCACUAAGCAGUUUCAGCUUAGCCUUGUCUCCAAAUGACAUGGAAGAAAAUACGUAAAAUGCAAUAAAAUAUGUAAAAUGCAUGUUAGACCUAAUGUAACAUUUUAGUGAUGCUUUCACCACAUUUUACAGUCUUGAGAGCAGCAACUCUCAAGACUCACAGAAUUCGGAAUCACUGUGAUUCUGUGAACUAUUUGGUGAUUUGUCUGCUGAGCAAGAACCUCUGAGCUCUUGAUGUACACACAGCACAAGGGUCAGACACUGGUAUUUAACUCAAGUCCUGUGGAGUGGAAAGAAGGAUUUGACCCAUAACCUUACAGGUAUUCUUUUGUAACUACUUUUGUAACUAUUACCAGAAUUACUGGAGAAUUGGUAUGUCAGUAAAACAGCCUAUUUUUAUCUUA